UGUGAGCCUCCAUUUUCUGGAAAGUACUGCCAGGAACUUGAUGCAUGUUCUUAUAAACCAUGUAAAAAUAAUGGCAGUUGCAUUAAUAAAAGUGAAAAAAGGAACAAGCGAGGAUAUGAAUGUGUCUGUCACCCACCAUUUACAGGCAUAAAUUGUUCAGAAGUAAUUGAGCAAUAUCAACUACAUGUCUGUUUCCAUGAGAAAUGGAGCAAUAUUACUGCAAAAAGUUUCAUUUCUGAGUGUGAUGAACCAUAUUCAGGUUGGAAAAGAGGAAUUUGCCAAAAUGAAAGCUCUGCUUACACUUGUGUGUGCCCAGAGGGACUUCCCAAUCAAAACUGUGAAACUGGUGUCAGUAAGUGUUUAUGGAUACCAUGUCAGAUCGGUGCUGACCACAUUGACAUUUCAAAUGAUACUAUAUGCAUCUGUUCACCAAAAUCUGCAGACAAGCUUUGUAAGGGACUUCAAACACCAUGGGAUCCAUUUCUUUGCAAUAAUAAUGACACAUAUGUGAACUAUAAGAAAGAUUAUCAUUGCAGUUGUAUGCCAAGAUUUACUGGAAAGAACAGUGAGAAAGUAAUUGACCACUGUAGACUGCUCAGCAUCAACUGUCUGAAUGAAGAAUGGUGUUUCAAUAUAAUUGGAAGAUUCAGAGAUGCCUGCACAAGAAAUUCUUGUUGGUUUCUGAAGAAUAUUUGCUUAAUUUAUCUGUACCCCUGCUACUGUGGAUCCAUCAGCCAUGAUAUUUGCCAGGCAGAAGUUCCUCAUUCUCUUCAACUUAAAUAUGUAUGGCAAUUGGGAUUUACAGUAUUCGAAGGUGAAAAAUAUGAAGUGACUAUUGAUGCUUACUCCUUUCAUGCUGAAAAUUGUACUGAUGAUGCAGUCUACAUGAACAAAUCUGAAGACCUUGGUUACCUACAUUUGUUUCAAUGUGAAGAGCCAAAGGAGCUAAAAAUGACAUUUAAGGUGGUGGGUCUAGCCGUGUUGAUGUGUGCAAAUGGAUGCAGCUGUUUGACUGAGGAAGAUAGUAAAGAAUAUUUUUGUCUGUGUAUUCAUAGAAGGCCUAGAAAAAUGAAUCAGAAAAAUACAACUGACUAUCAAGAAAGUGGGUGUCAACCUAAAGCUGUUCAUGAUGCAGCUGUUCUCUCAGUUACACUGACAGAGUCUGUGUUCUCAACGCUGGAGAUUGCUUCAGAAACCGGAGUACAUCAUCACAUGGCCUCUGCGGAGUCCAUUUGCACAGCUGUAACUGUAGCUGUCUGCAAAUAUAUAAAAGAAAAAUCUGUGAAACAGAAACUGAAGAUUGUAAAUCUAUGCCCUGCAAAACUGGAGUGGCUGGUAUCAUUUUAAGUGGCUAUU